GGUUCGUUUGCCAAAUGUUCAGGAAUCCAAGAUCAGGCCGGAUAAUCAGUGCAUUAUGUCUGAUUAUCGGCUUAAUGUAUCUGUCCGUACAAUGGACGGUUUCCAGCGAUAAGCCAUCCAUAGACAUGGCUUCAUCUGUCUCGAGCUUAGUCAACCAAAGCCAUCGUCAUGUGUUUGAGCCAGGUAAGACUUUGCAGGGUUUUUGCCCAGUGUGAUACUAUUAAUUUGCACAACCUUUAACGCCCGGUUUCUCGGUACAUAGUAUUAUCCUCAAAUGAUUCGGACAUCAUCCAUUUAUCAAACUUUUACGAUAUUGCUGUUCCACACCCCUUAACACCAUGGACGAAAGCUGAUGACGUUUUACUGAAUAGCUCUCUCGGCCAGCUGUUCAAAAGCGAACUUUUAACUACGGGCGAAGUCGUACCUGAUUUCCGGCACCUAACCAAUCAACAACGGAUGUACAAGGUUUUGUUUCAAAAGUUUGAUCCAAUGGUAAAGGCUGGUAUCAACGUCCAAGAAACCUACGACGAGUUAUGGCAUUUGUUCCGGUCCCUGGAAUCUCGAUUGUAUCCUUGGAUCCACAUGACCUUUAAAUCUGCCUUUGAAAUCCCGGAAAUGUCCCAAGGGACAGGUAUUGUUCUAUGCGUUGGAAACAAUCAAUUCCGCUAUGCUGUCACCGCCAUUAGAGCGCUUAGAGAGAUUUUACACUCCCAACUUCCCAUUGAGAUCUUUUACAUUGACGACAACGACCUAUCGCCCAUGAAGCGAUUGUACUUUGAAACCGAGUUCACCAAUGUCAGAACUCGAGAUAUUUCCAAAGUUAUCGACAACAAAUGGGCCGUACUCGGUGGCUGGGCCAUCAAGCCUUAUGCGAUUUUAGCCUCCAGCUUCACUGAAGUUAUAAUGAUGGAUGCGGACGUCUACUUUUUCCGCAAGCCGGAAGAACUUUUGAGCGACCCUGCAUACCUUAAAACGGGUGCAUUGUUCUUCUAUGACCGCACUCUAUUUCCCAAAUGGUUCAAAGGACGAGACUGGCUUCUCUCCUUUCUACCAACUUAUAGCACUCAGUUCCCGCGCUCCAGAUGGUGGAAUCUCUCGUCCUCCCAUGAACAAGAAGCCGGUGUGGUGGUCAUUAACAAAUCCAAGUCGUUGUUCGGUCUGUUAUCCACUUGCAAGAUGAACGGGAAGAAGGAGCGCGACGAAGUUACCUAUAAGCAUGUCCAUGGUGACAAGGAAACAUUUUGGGUUGGGUACGAAAUGACUCAAACUCCGUAUGCGUUCUUGAAAUCUUAUGGUGCGGUCAUUGGUGGUCUUGGCCAUAAAGGCGAUCCAAGUCAAGUGUGUGGAAAUCAACUUCAUCUUGGAACGGAUGGACGACCCCUUUGGUGGAAUGGAGGCAUGUUCCGUGACAAGAACAAGUACCCCGACGAGUAUCUCCAAUUCACUCAUUUUGCUACUGGGCAAGACUGGGAAUUCCAAACCAGCUGCAUUAUUGAGACUGAUCAUAUAUACCAAACCACUUUAGAAGAACAACAUCUCGGUGAACAAUAUAUCCAGCUUGAUGCUGUGAGGAAACACGACGAAACUAGGAUAGAAGACGGCACUUGGAAUCAAUCGCAGUAAAACUGAACCGUGACAUCUUUUCACCCCCAAAUGACCUUUUUUUUUUUUGGGCCUCUCGGAGAGACAAGCAUGGAUAAGCAAAAGAUCCCUCUCUUUACCUCCCAAAAACUGUAAUAAUGUUUGUUGUUUUUCAUCAUCAUGGCUUUACAGUCCCCCUCUGUAUGUAGUUUUUUUUUUCUUUUUUCAAAAAGUAAUUUAUCAAUGUCACUGGCGAUGACCUUCACAACCUCUGUUGAUAAAAAUAACCCAAUGGCAUUUUCACCAAUGAAUGCCAUUAACACCAACGUACAAUUAAAAGCAUUGGCAAGUUGCCGCAAAAGUACGCCAACCCAACA